AUGGCCGGGCUCAAAGACUGCAGGCGGGUUGAAACCCCAGUGGCCCCUUCAUCUUCCUCUUCAAUUAGUCCUGGAGGCUUCGUAGACUUCAAAUUCACUAAGGAGCCUCAAGACACGGUGACAGUGCGAGGUGAUGUGCUACAGCUCGACUGCCAGGCACACUCAGAAAUGGCACCCGGAACACCCACCAUCACAUGGCGGAAGGAUGGCGUGCUACUCAGUGCUCUGGUGGAUGAACGGCGGCAGGAAUUGGCCAAUGGAUCGCUGCUGGUUCAGAAUAUAUUGCACUCGCGACACCACCGCCCUGAUGAAGGGGAGUACCAGUGCCUCUCCACACUUGAAGGACUAGGAAGUAUUGUAAGCAGGACUGCAAGAGUCACUGUGGCUGGUCCUCUAAGGGUAGUUGUCCCCACAGAGUCAGUCUCGUCAUACCUUGGCGACACCGCACUGCUACGUUGUGAGGUCUCAGGGGAACCAGCACCUAUAAUCCGCUGGCAGAAAAACCGAGACGAUCUUCCGAUGACAUUUGACCCUUCAUCUCGCCUGGCAGUGCUGCCAUCCGGUUCUCUGCAGGUCAGCCGUGUCCAGCCUCCAGACUCAGCCACGUAUCGCUGUUUGGCAGACAACCCUGGCAGCACAAGGACGGGAACAGAUGCUGAGCUGCGGGUGCUCCCAGAACCUGGUGUAAACCGAAAACUGCAGUUUCUCCAGCGUCCUUUGAGAGUAACCGCCCUGCUGGGAACUGAUGCUGUGCUGGAAUGUUCCGCCUCUGGAUACCCCACUCCGAGCAUUCAGUGGCGCAGAGGAGAAGAAGCGAUCCAAACCUGGAAUAAGAAGUAUUCUCUCUUGGCUGGCAGCAAUCUGAUCAUCAGGAGUGUCACCGAUGAUGACUCUGGCAGUUUUACCUGCACUGCGACCAACAACAACCACAACAUCACUGCAAGUGCAGAACUGAGUGUGCUGGUUCCACCUCAAUUUCUCAACUAUCCAACCAAUAUUUACGCCUAUGAAUCCACUGACAUUGAGCUGGAGUGUGCCGUGACAGGAAACCCACCACCGACCAUACGCUGGAUGAAGAACGGAGAAGAGGUUAUCCCCAGUGACUAUUUCCAAAUAGUGGAUGGCAGUAAUUUGCAGAUUCUCGGUUUGGUCAAGUCAGACGAAGGAUUUUAUCAGUGCAUUGCAGAGAAUAUCGCCGGCAGCUCACAGGCCAUGGCUCAACUGUUGCUCCGAGAGCCAGUGUCCCCCAGCCCAGGCGUUCUCCUCCCCUCUGCCCCCCGCGACCUGGUCCCUGUCCUAGUGUCAAGCCGAUUUGUCCGACUCAGUUGGCGCCCUCCAGAGGAGACUGGAGGAUCUGUACAGACUUAUGGGGUUUAUUACUCUAAAGAUGGCAAUGAAAGAGAGCGGUCCGUGAAUGUGUCAGAGCCUGAGUCUUUGGAGCUGAUGGUCUCUAACCUGAAGCCAGAGGAGAGUUACAGCUUCAGAGUCGUUGCUUACAACGAUAUGGGACCAGGAGAAAGCACCAGCCCCUUGAGGAUCACCACCAAACAAGACCUCCAGGUACCCGGCAAGACAGAGUCACUACAUGCUGAAGCUCUGUCACCAACCUCCAUCCAGAUGAAUUGGGAGACUCCCAGCACUCCAAACGGACCAAUCAUGGGCUACAGAGUGCUCUGGACAGAGAGCCUCUCAAGCAAGGAACAGAGUGUCGAUGUCAGUGGAUUAAACUACAAGAUGGAGGGACUCAAUAAAUUCACACAGUACACAGUUCGAGUCUUGGCUAUGAACCGCUUUGGACUCGGAACUUCCUCAGACAAAAUCAUUGUCACCACCCAAUCAGAUGUACCCAGUGCUCCUCCCCAGAACAUCACCUUAGAGGUUGUGCUUUCCAGGAGCAUAAAGGUGUCAUGGCAGCCUCCUCCACGUAGUGCUCAGAACGGCAUCAUCAGCGCCUACAAGAUCAAAUAUAGGAAGACCGGUCGCCGUGGGGACCAAGAGGCCAUUGAGCCAAACAACCUCUGGUAUCUUUUCACAGGUCUUGAGAAGGGCAGUCAGUACAGUUUCCAAGUUGCAGCCAUGACCAUGAAUGGAACAGGUCCACCCAGUGAGUGGUAUGCCGCUGAGACACCCGAGAAUGAUUUGGAUGAGAGUCAAGUUCCAGACCAGCCCAGCUCUCUCCAUGUCAGGCCGCUCCCCAACAGUAUCAUCAUGUCAUGGACACCACCCCUCAGCCCCAGCAUCCUGGUUCGUGGUUACAUCAUCGGCUAUGGAGUAGGAAGUCCCUAUGCAGAGACGGUUCGAGUGGACAGCAAGCAGAGAUACUACUCCAUCGAAAACUUAGAACCAAGCUCACACUAUGUGAUUUCCCUGAAGGCCUUCAAUAACGCUGGAGAAGGAGUUCCCCUGUAUGAGAGUGCUGUGACUCGAUCUCUGACAGACCCCAUUGACCCAUCUGAGGAUGACCUUUUCCAUCUCUUUGAUAAAUACCCGACUCCCAUGCCAGACACCAGCACACCCAUGAUACCCCCUGUUGGGGUCCAAGCUGUGUCUCUCUCCUCGGACUCAGUACGUGUUUCAUGGGCUGACAAUUCCAUGACCAAGAACCAGAAGUCAUCUGAGGCGCGCUACUACUCCGUCAAAUGGAAGACCAGCUACUCCACCAGCGGCAAGUACAAGUCUGCAGACACUACUACCCUCAGCCAUACCGUCACUGGCCUCAAACCAAACACGAUGUACGAGUUUGCUGUGAUGGUAACCAAAGGUCGAAAAUCCAGUACUUGGAGUAUGACAGCACAUGCUACCACCUAUGAAGCAGCUCCUAGCUCUGCUCCCAAAGACUUGACAGUGAUCAGUCGAGAGGGACGGCCCCGAGCCAUUUUAAUCAGCUGGCAACCCCCGAUGGAGGCAAAUGGGCGGAUCACAGGUUAUAUUCUUUACUAUACAUUGGACAAAAACAUCCCAAUAGAUGACUGGGUAAUGGAAACAAUCAGUGGUGACCGGCUGACUCAUCAGGUUGUUGAUCUAAACCUUGACACAGUGUACUACUUCCGGAUCCAGGCUAAGAAUGCCAAAGGAGUUGGCCCAUUGUCCGAACCAGUGCACUUUAAGACAGCCAAAGUGGAACAUCCAGACAAGAUGGCCAAUGAUCAAGGUCGAGGAGGAGACCACGCCUUCUGGCCAUCCGAUAGCAACCCGAUUGACAGGAGCAGUAUAAACGGGUCUCCCAUUGGUCAAAUGCAUCCACCCCACGGCAGUGCUACCCCACAAAAUAAUAGUAAUCUUUUGGUCAUUAUCGUUGUUUCUGUGGGAGCCAUCACUGUGGUUGUAGUCGUCAUUGUGGCACUUAUCUGUACACGACGCUCCUCCGCCCAACAGCGCAAGAAAAGAGCAAGCCACAGCGCCAAUAAGAGGAAGGGCAGCCAAAAGGAUCUACGACCUCCUGACCUCUGGAUUCAUCAUGAGGAGAUGGAGAUGAAGAACAUUGAGAAAGCGCCCAGUGUGGCCCCAUCUGGACACGAUUCUCCCAUCCGGGCUUGCCAGGACCUUCCCCAGGUUGCCCACAGCCAAUCCGAGAGCCAAAUGGGCAGCAAGAGUAGCCAAUCAGGAGCAGAUGGUGAUGAAGCAUCAAGUUGUAUUUCUACUCUGGAAAGAUCUUUGGCUGCCAGGAGAGGAACACGAGGCAAAAUUAUGAUUCCUAUGGAUUCGCAACCAAGCAACACACCGGUGGUCAGUGCUAUUCCAGUGCCAUCUCUUGAUUCCUCUCAGUAUCCUGGAAUACUUCCUUCCCCUUCAUGCAGCUUCACACACAACAAAUUCAGCUUAAGACCGAUGCCUUUCUCUAGCCUGACCAUGGACCGAGGAUACACACAAGUUAUAUCCACAGAUUCCUCCUCCAAUCCUCUUCUGCAACAGCAGUCUCCACCACAACAGCCUCCUCCCCUUCUCCCUGGCUCCUCUGUGCCCUCUGGAGAACAUCCUCCAGGCAUUGGCCCAGUUCCUGGGGCCCCUGCUGCCUCUACCGCUGUCGCAUCAGAGGAAUCUCAGGCAGGUCCAAGUCGGACCAUACCAACUGCAUGUGUGCGACCAACUCACCCACUAAGAAGCUUCACCAACCCACUGUUGCCUCCACCAAUGAGCACCAUUGACCCCAAGGUGUACACAUCCAUGCUACCACAAUCCAUUUUCAACCUGCAAGUGUCAAGGACGAGACUCAGGGGUGGACCCAAAUGCACGACUCAGGUGAGAGCUGCAAGCCUCCCAAAGCCUCAAGUGAAGACGGCUUCUCUGGGUCAGGCUGGUAAGGCUCGAUCCCCUCUGCUUCCCGUCUCAGUUCCUACAGCGCCUGACAUACCAGAGGAAGGAGGAACAAAACCCACAGAGGAUUCAGCUGCCAAUGUGUAUGAGCAAGAUGACCUUUCAGAGCAGAUGGCUAGUUUAGAAGGGCUGAUGAAGCAGCUCAACGCCAUUACUGGCUCUGCCUUCUAAACCCUUCCUCACAAGCUCUCAGCCCUAGAGCAGGAACCCUUCUUCAAGCUUUGAUGUCACUGGCAGUGUCUUCACAAACAGCUGCAGCAUCUGAAUUUGAAGAUGCCACUGGGGACUCAGACCUCAGUUUGUACUGGAUUAAACCACAUCACACAUCAACUCCAGGAUCAAGACAAUGGUGGAGGGGCUUCCUGAAUGGGUUUAAACGCCUCUGGACCUUUCAAACUAAAACUACAAAACUAAGAAAGCCCAAUGCCUACCACCUUGACUUCAUAAAACAGGGGGAAAUAAUUUUCACAGAAAAGAAGACACAAUUGAAAGACCUUUACUGUUUCUGCGGUAUUUAUUAGCUCCUCAUUAUUCCGCUCCGCUGAGUCUUCUGGAACUCAGUUACUGUGACUGUACCUCAAUUAUUUUCAUGAUUGCUGUUGGGAACAUUUUUUUUUUUUUGACAACUUCAGCCACACACCACAUUUACACAAUGUAUAAGGUUUGCCACACAGAACAUUCAGUGUGAAAUAGACACUCUUUAACCAAACCCAUUGCUUUUCUGGCUUUUUAGUUUUCCUGUUGGAAGUACUCUGACAUUUUUGGGCUGGUUUCCUUCAGUCUUGGUUUCAUCCAACCAAACUCCUUCCAAGUGAAGAUAAUGAUUUUAUUUUUUUAAUGCUGGCACUCUGGCUGGAAAUAAGACUCUUAUGCAUCUGGAUUUUUUGUUUGUGCCAGAAGUCUCCAUCUCUAUCACAUUGUUGACCAAGCCUUUAGUCCCAGCUGACCAUACAAACUCUGUAAACUCAAAUGACAGGAUGAGUGUUGUUGCCAAAAUAGGCUAGCUCAUGGUGGCCUUCCAUUACACAUUCAAGGUUGGCAUUUUCACAGAAGAGUUUUGUACUGGCUGUUGCCAAAACACAGUAAAACCCAUUUGUGAUGGAAAAUAAUGUAUAAAAUUGGUUAUGUACUGUAUGUAGUGAUUGGGCCUAUGGUUUAUUCCAAACAACAGAGAUGAGUGUGAAUAUUAUAGUUUAUUUUUUUACUUUUUACUUAUUUUUCAGUGAGUAUGUUCCUAUUGAAUUCCUAUUUAUUUUUAAAUGCAUUAGCAAACAUUUUACCAUGAUCAGUCUUUGAGUGCCCAUAUGGCCAGUUUCAAUUUGAGUUCACUUUAGAGGGACACUUUUUUUUUUAAAUAUAAAAUAAGGAAUAUGAAUGCAGACAUGAAAUAAUGCAUAUUUCAUAUAGUGUGUUUUUCACAGUUUCUGUUCUUUCUGACAGAGUUCCACAGUGUAUUGGCCAUGAAGCAGCAAGAAAGGGAAUUGUACAAAGAAGCUAAUAAGGACAAUUGUUGGUGCCAUUUUUAAUUUAAAUCCUAGCAUUCUAAUGACACUUGCAUUAUUUUGGUUUUCGUAUGACCUUUAUUAAAUAAGGUCCACCAACAAAGGAGAGCAGAGCCCAUCAGCCUUUAUGUCCUUGAAACUGCUUUGUAAGAAAGGAAAUCUGUCCAAUUUAAAGGGGUCAUUACCAGCUUUUUGUUAUGUGUUGCCACAGAGAAGAUUAAUUUGUGAACUUCUACAAGAAAAGCAUUGGGAAUUCCUUUUUGCAGCAAUGGUUAAAAUUCAGCUAUUUUUCAAAAUAUCAAAUAAUCUUUGACGGUACCAUUUUGGGGGGGGGUGCUCGUCUGUGUAUAUUAAAUCACUUGAGAUAAAAAAAUAUAUAUUUUAUUCAGUGUGUGCAGAUCUUCAGGAAGUAUAAAAAAAAACACUCAACUUAAAAUGACAAGUCAAUCAUUAAUCAAGUGAGGUGAAAAAAACAAGCCAUUAGUAUGACUGUGUCACCCUAUUCUCCAUAUUGUAAUUCACAGAGCUUUUUCUGAGCGUGAUGAAAACAGAGAAUCCUGCGGGAGACUGAGCACUCAGACGGAGGAGCGGCAUUGAUAUUCCGAGGUGGCUCGGAUGUGUGAGCAGGCCACAGAGGAAUGAGGCGGUGAAUUCAUUAUAAAGACCUUGCAAACAUUAUGAUUCAGGCACACGCUCACUGGGCCAUAACAGCGGCAGGGAAAAGUCCAAGAGACAGAGGCGAUAGAAAGGUAACAUCUCUGCAAAAUGGAUGCAGGGAUGGAAGGUUAGAGAGGGCAAGCACGCCGGCAGUGUGGGGAUCAAACUCAUCAACCUGCUCCGGGAGAUGAAUCCACUGUGAGCUAGUUAAGCACUUACAUUCUCCUCCGAACCAUUUCCUCCUGCUCUUCAUAACAGCUUGCCAGCGUUUGAGAAAAAUCACAUUUUGAUAAUAAAAACACAAUUAUAGGGAUGAUAUGAAAAGAUACAUCUCCUACUUUAGGUCUGAGAACGAUUCACGUAGAUUUAUGAUUUCAUUACUUGGUUCCAAUUCAGUUCCUAAAUUUAAUGACAGGUUGCAUUCUGUCUUCAUUGAUGUAAAAGUCACCUUGCUGAGUGGUGGCAAAAUUUUGCGACCAAGUUUUUAAAAAGUAAAAAGACUGAAAUGUUUGGACAUUGCCACCAAUUAUUUAAUGUUCUGUAUACAUACAUAUCCAUGGAUUUCCUACACAAUAUGUGCUUACAUAAAAGAUAAAUGUCAGUUUAAAAAAAAUGCAAAAAGACAAACUACUGUAAAUGUUAAACUGUUACGAUUAUAUGCCUUUGAGGUCACUGGUUUUUGUUGUACACACGCCUGACAUGCUGGCAGCAUGGGAUCAAUUCCCACUCAGUGACGGUGUCGAUAUGUGGCAUGCAUUUGACUAGCGACCAGUUCAGGGUGUAGUCUGCCUUUCGCCCAAAGUUAGCUGGGAUAAGCUCCAGCAAUCCUUUUGAGGAUAAGCGGCUUGGAAAAUGGAUUGGUGUAUUUUUUAUUAACUUUUUGUUAUGGACCAGUGUAACCAUAUGCCCCUGAGACGGAGUAUUUUUACGACAACAAUAUCUUAAGUUGAUGUCUUUAUUAGUUUAAAUUUUGGUUAUUAGAGUCUGUUAAUACAUAAACCAUCAUGUCAACUAAAAUGCAUCAGAGGAGCUCCCGAUUUUAUAGGAUUUGUGACAAAUAAGAGAGAAUGAUCUCUUACCUUUGAAGCACAAAAUAAUAGAAACACACUGUAGGCUAUAUUUUGGCAACAGUAGAACCCACACUGAAUAAUAUUUCAACUGUAAAGUCUGUCAAAUGGUUUCCAAUGAACUGAACGUAGUCCAAAGGGAAGAGAAGUUAGGAUUAGGAAAAACCCAGUGAAGUUUAGAAAUUCUGAUUGGAUAAAAUCUAGAUGUAGUGAUGGCAGGCAUAAAACAUUUUAGGGAUUAAAAGCAUUUUUUUCUGUGUUGCUGAUGUUGAACUCCUUCCUUUUAUACUACCCCUUUUUCAGUAAGAUUUUGAGAUUGACUCUUUUGUUGUCUCCCAUUUAUGUAUUUGAUUAGAAAGAUACGUGUUGCUGCAGCAUAAGUACAUUACAGACUGUUGCUGAUGUUUUUUUUAAAUUCUGUAUAGCUCCACUAGAAUAGCAGCAAGUUUUUAUGAUCAAAUUUAAUAUAUUAAUGUUAUUUGUAUAAUUUACUCUCUUAUGAGUGUUCAUUAAAAUGUUUAUUUAUAAUCAUGUGGUAUUUCUGAAAAUGUACAUUUUGUUGAGUAAAGGGGGGGGUGUGCUCUGUAGUUUUGUUGAUUUCUGUUUAUUGCCUAAAAAUCUCAUGGAUAUUCCAAACAAUAAUGCAUUUUAAAAUUUAAAUCAAUGGUUUCUCACCAAAGUGAUCGCUUCUGAGCAUACACAGUCACCACAAUUUUGUUUGUUUAAACAUUGUAGUUUGAGGUUCACAUCUAUGCAGUCAUUCUUAAUAACAAUAAACGAUGUAAAAUCAUGACAUA